AUGCGAUUAAGUGGCCCGAUUAACGCCGUUAAGGAAGCCGAAUGCAAAUAUGAUUUAACUUUGGAAAUUCUAAAACAAAAAACAUCAGUACAAAAUUGUUCAUUAUCAAACGCAACAACAGCCACUGAUCACUACAAUUUAAUGAUAAGUUAUUGUUAUUCGGACAAAGAUGUCUGUCAUCCUUUAGCUGAUCGUUUGAUGAGUGACGGUUUUACACUUUGGAUCGAUCGAGAUAAAACUUUAACUGAGUCAGUGACGAGAAAAGCAAUUGAUCAAUCCGAUUGUGUUCUACUUUGUUUAAGUGAAGAAUAUUACACGAAUGUUAACUGUCAGAAUGAAGCCAAAUAUGCACAUCAGACUUCAGGAAAAGUGAUGAUACCGGCCAAAGUUAACAAUUACGUGAUGAAAAAUUGGUUGACAAGUACUAUCCGAACAACAAAAACAAUUUUUAAACUUUUUGGCUCGGACGACAACUUUAACUUAGAGUACGAUAAAUUAAUUGUUGAAAUAUCUCGUUAUACAAAAUCUGGUAUUGCUACCACCAUUAUUACUUCAGCUGCUGCUACCGAACAAAAAGAAACAACCUUUUUCUUCAAAAUUGAUAAAGAUGAAGAAGAAAUACAAAAAGAAGUAAGAAAAUUAAAUUGUCAAAAAAAUCUCGAAAUACAAAGAGCAAGGGAAAAAGAUUUCAAUGAUAAAGAUAGAAUUUUACUAGAAGAGAUCAUCCAAGAAUAUUCAGAUUUGGCACUGAAUGGUGAUGUACAUAAACAUGACAAGAAUUCAUAUUCUUCACUACUGUUACAACCCUCUCAGUCCUCUCUAUUGUGCAUUCAAAAUUGGCUUAAAAAUCCUCCAUCAGUAACAAUGGGAAAUAUUGCACCUUUUUCGACAACUGGUGAUGUUAAUGAUGCCGCAUUUCAAUUACCUGAUCAUAUUAGCAAAAAUCUAGAUGAUCUACGCGACUAUACCAAUUCAACAAAAAUAUCAAGGAAAAAUCAAGAAAAAUUCAUUACGGACAUAAUCGACGGAGAAUAUGUCUGGACGGCGCCCAUAGAGAGCGGUACAGUUCUCAAUAUGACACAUGCAGAAAAUGAUGAUUAUUUUCAGAAACUAGUAUCUAGAAAUCAUCAGUCAACUUUCAAGACUCACAUAAAUGAAGCAGACUAUGUUUGGACAACAGUGGACGGAAAAAUCGGAACGGAAAUGAAAUCUGAGGACGAAAUGAGACGUCGAACCGAACUAGAUGACCCAACAAAAAUGGUUAAACGACGCCUUCAGCUAGCAAAAUAUUUUAUCGAUAAAACUCGCAUAUCGUCAAAGCGAAAACGGUUUCAAUACACAAAAGAAGAUUUGGAACCCUAUUUAAAGUUUGCAUAUCAAAUGAAAAAAAAUGCUGAGGAAAUGGAAUUCUGUGAAUUCCAACAAUAUCAGUUAAUAAAACGUUCGACUGUAACAAACAUGACAGCUUUAUGGAUGUUUAUUCCCGAUAGAAAAGCUUCGAAACCAGUCAAAUCACUCCAAAUUAAGUUCAGCUAA